UCGCGCGUAUACGUUUCGUCGACUCGACAUCUCGAUGAGUCUGAAACGGAUCUGCGAUGUUCUCAUUCAACGGAAUAUACGAUUCCGAGGCGUCGUCGCCGGGCGUUUCCUCGCCAGCGAGUCAACGGAGCAAAAGGAUGAGAUUUCCGACAUAAUCGCCGCCGCCGAUGAGAAGCCGAUAUACUCGGACGAUCCCCAGAUCCAGGAGGAGCUCGCCAGGAAGCGAAACAAGUCCCGACUUGAUCCGACGCAUAGGAACAUUCUUAUGGGCGUGCGUCCUUAUGAUCAACCGCGGGAGUGGUUUCAUCAUACAGUCAAGUACAAGAAGCGUAUACUAGGUAGAUAUGGAUUAAAGGCCAAUGACGAGCCAGUGGGUUUCGCAUGGCCUACGCCAGAGGAGGUCAAGGACACUCAGGAGCGCGAGAGAAUCAAGUUCCCGCUGUCUCUUCAGGAAAGGUGGAAAAUGCUGGAAGAGGAAAAACGCAUAAAGGCCGAAAAGAUUCAAGAGAGAGAGGCUAAAGUGGCCGAGAAUCUGGCAAAGAUGGAUCAAUGGACGGCCGAGUUGAACGCGAGGGUCGCCAAAAAGGAGGCUGAGCUGGAGGCUGCUAGGUUGCAUAAGGAACGCCUGGUAGAGGAAGUCAGAAAACAUUUUGGCUUCAAUAUCUCACGUCAUGAUGAGAGAUUCAAGACGAUGCUGGCAGAGAAGGAGAAGGAAGAGAAGAAAAAGAAAAAGGAAGCCAGGAAGAAGGCGAAGAUGGACAAACUAACAGGCAUGAUCCAAAAAGUAGUCAAGGACGAGAAGCAGGAGCAAGCGACCGAUUCGACGAAACCUGUAGAAUAGUGGCGCUCCUAAUCGCGAAGUAUAAUAUAUAAAACGUUCUGAUUGUACAACUAAUAAAUUUAUAAUUCAUCA